AUGUCCAACCCGUACCCGAUUCGCAGUCCGCUCGACCCCAAUGGAGAUGAAUCCAAGAAGGACUACUCAUACACGAACCCACUGUCGAGCAGUGGCAGCGACUUCCCUUGCAAGGGAUACGCCAAGGAUCCCUUUCGAUCAGUAGCCACUUAUUCGCCUGGAGGAGAGUAUGACUUGGAACUACAGGGCAGCGCGACGCACGAAGGUGGCUCCUGCCAGGUCUCGCUCUCCUAUGACCAGGGAGACAACUUCCAGGUCAUCCAUUCCAUGCUGGGUGGAUGUCCCCUGACGGAGAGCUACAAGUUCACUAUUCCCUCGGACGCUCCCACCGGAGAUGCACUGUUGACCUGGACAUGGUUCAACAAAGUGGGCAACCGCGAGAUGUACAUGAACUGUGCCCAGGUCACCAUCGGCGACUCCGAUGAUAGCCACAGCGCCAAACAAAAGCGAGACAGCUUCAGCAGCCUGCCACCCAUCUUCAUUGCCAAUGUCAACGGACCGGGCCAAUGCACGACCACCGAGGGUGAUGAUGUCAACUUCCCUCUGCCCGGUCCAUCAGUGGAGGGCAGCGUGAGCGGCACGGGCUACAACUGCACGGGCACUGCUCCUUUCCUAGGCUCUGGCAGCUCCGGCUCCGGGUCCAGCUCGAGCUCGAGCUCGGGAAGUUCACACUCGGCCGCGAGCAGUAGCUCCACCGGCCACUCCACCACUUCCACUACAUCCAAAUCUACCAGCUCCACAACCAAGACCGGAACAAAGGCAGCCACCCCGGCUUCCUCGUCCGCCAAUGCGCCUGCCAUGGUGGCAUCUUCCUUUGGAAGCCAAUCCGCGCGCCUUAUGAGCCACCCAACUGCGGUAUCAGCAGACGGCACUGAACGUUUCACACCGGGCAAGCCCUGUGUCGACGGGGCCAUCAUUUGCGGUCCGCAAGGAACAUCCUGGUCCAUGUGCAGCAACGGACGUCCAGUCCACAUGGGUGCUGUGGCCGCGGGGACGUACUGCGAGCAUGGUGAGAUCCAUGCUCUGUUCUAG